AAUAAUAAUAAUGCAAUUAAUAAUAAAAAUGUGCUUAAUCUGAACAUCAAUGUCGACAGCAACUUUCAGGGUCCUCUUUUUUUCUGCAUUAUAAAUACAAUGUUGAUAAGUAAGCUGACAUAUGUAAAUAAAUGACCUCAUUAGCAUGCAUGCUUAACAUGAUUAAAGUGACAGUGGGCAUCUGACGAGCCUCUGGUCAUCAUGUAUGAGGGCAGAGGUCAUGCAGAGAGGCCACAGACAUGCACGCGCCUGCAGGAUCUGUCUGGUCAUCUGACGGCUCUGACUGAGGUUUCGGGUGACGGCUCCUUUAAGAAAACGGAACUGUGCCUAGGCUUUUGACGCGCUGAGGAUGUGGGCAGGAAACGCCAUGCAAGAGGAGAGAAGCGAUCACGCUUCCCAACGCCGUUGCACAAUACAGGGCGAUCAAAAAUAAUGUGCUUUAAUUUUCCACGCUAAUGUCCAGGAGCGGUGAUUCUCCUCGGAUCUGCAGUCCGUCACCCAGCAGGCUCGGAGGAUUUGCCGGCGUGGGAUUUGACUCCUAUCCGAGCGAGAGGGCAGCCUUCCCAGCCUGCUCGCUUUGAAAACAUCGGGGCUGGUCAGCGGGUGGGAGAGACAGAGCAGGCUUCGUCGCGGAAAAAAGGAAGAGUCUGCCUAUUUUUUUUCACCCCCCAGCCAUGAGGGAGUACAAAGUGGUUGUUUUGGGCUCGGGUGGAGUCGGGAAAUCUGCGCUGACUGUCCAGUUCGUGACGGGCUCCUUCAUCGAGAAGUACGACCCGACGAUAGAGGAUUUCUACCGGAAGGAGAUCGAGGUGGACUCGUCCCCGUCCGUGCUCGAGAUCCUGGACACGGCAGGGACUGAGCAGUUCGCCUCCAUGCGAGACCUGUACAUCAAGAACGGCCAGGGCUUUAUUUUGGUUUACAGCCUGGUGAACCAGCAGAGCUUCCAGGACAUCAAGCCGAUGAGAGACCAGAUCAUCCGGGUGAAGAGAUACGAGAGGGUGCCUAUGAUCCUGGUGGGAAACAAGGUGGACCUGGAAGGGGAAAGAGAGGUGUCUUCCGGGGAAGGAAAGGCGCUGGCCCAGGAAUGGAGCUGCCCUUUUAUUGAAACUUCAGCCAAAAAUAAAGGCUCGGUCGACGAACUAUUUGCAGAAAUAGUCAGACAGAUGAACUAUUCAACUGUUCCCAGUGGUGGCAACCAGUGUUGUUCAUGUGUCCUGCUCUAAAAAACAUGAAAAACAUCCAGAAAAAUAUCCGGGCUGAAAUUUAGCUUCUUACUUGUCCUGCGGGCUUUCUCCCCCCCCCCCCAACGCCUAUUCAUUCUCUCUUCACACUGUUGUCUUAUUGUUGCACACAAACACAAAUCAACGAAGACUUCAAUCGAUUAUGUAUUAUAGUCUAGAAAAAGUGUUUACAUGACAAAGUACUUGAAUGUUUUUGGAUUUUUUAAAUAGCUUUGUAUAUGACACUUCUCUGGAAAUGUGCCUCAAUGGGAAUGUCUUAUUGUGAAACCUAAGAGACAGCUCUUUUCUGGUUAUUUUUUGGUGUUUUUAUUUGUUGAGUUGUACUGUUACAUCUUCUGGGCUGGGUCCAUAUUUCUUGGGUGGUGGUGGGGUCAUGCUAAAUCCAGACAGAGCUGGGAUUGGCUACUUUUAAUGUCUUUUUGGGUGAAAUGACACAGCAGGAGGCCUGAAAGCACUUAAAAUCGCCAAUAAACAUAACAAUCACCAUUCAAGCCUUUCCCAGGUUACUCAAAUCAGAUCUCUACAAUUUAUUUCCCCUAAAGGUCAAGUGGGAUCCAAGAGACGCAGAUUCCUCCCACUAACAGAUUUUAUCUGAAGCUGUGGACUGUGAUGGAGUUGUAUUAGGAGCUUUUGUUUUUAUCCCCCCUCUCCGGUCUGGCGAAAGUGGAUUUAUCAUGGAACCUGCACUUUGCUGACGUUGUCCCACCUCAGUGUGCACAAAGAAGGACCUUAGUGCAUUGCUGUCGCUGCAUGGGGAACCCCAUGUCAAGUGCCUUCCUAAGAAAACUCCUGUGACUGUGCCAACUGAUGAGCCCUACUUCCUCUGCAGUGCGUCUUGAUGGCAAUCAGAACUUUUAACAGUUUUCAGUGAACAAUCUAGUUUCAUUUGGUGUCAAAGUGAGAAUAGCCUACUCCUAUUUUACUAUCAGGAAGCUAAGCUUGUAUCAGACCUGCUGUUUCAGGGUCAGAUUCAGGCCGUUUCUCGAGGUACUAGUCCAACAAGAACAACAAAGUAACUUUAACCUACUAGGAUUAUGGUUCAGUGAAUGGCAAGCCAUGUCUGUAUUAUCUAGAUUUCUUUUUCUCUUAUGACAAUAUGACAUUUUUAAAUGUGCCGUAAUAGUAAUUCUCUUUUUGGACAAAAUCUUCUGCCAUCCACCUGUCAGUUUGAAAGACUUAAUACAAAAGCAUUUUACGUAA